AGGCAGGAGACAAAAGGAGAUUACAAAGGAGACUAUACCCCAACAAUGACAGCUUCCAAGGGUUACAUGUCCCCUGUGGCUGAGCUGAGUCCCCCGGGGUGCAAUGCUACGGGUGAGGUGUUCCUGUGUGCCCCGGGGGAGUGUGUGGCUCUCUCCCUCAGGUGCAACGGGGUGACGGAGUGCUCAGCUGGGCAAGAUGAGAGUGUUCGGGAGUGUGGAUGUCUCCCUAAUGAGUUCGAGUGCAAAGAUUCCUGUAUCGAUGAAACGCGACGAUGUGACACGUUCAGGGACUGUCCAGACGGCGCCGAUGAGCUGAACUGUGAUACGUACGUUUGCCCCGCCACCUUCUUCAAGUGCAACAACCACUUCUGCGUGCCCAGCGAACUCGUGUGUGACUUUGAUGACCACUGCGGCGACGGGUCUGACGAGCAGCUCUGCCACCACCGUAAGUGUUGGAAGGCGGAGUUUGAGUGUGACAACGGGCAGUGCAUCAGACCAGGGCGUGUGUGUGACGGGGUGACGCACUGCAAGGACGGUACGGACGAGGACAGGUGCACGCCAGAGGACUUCGCUGUGUGUGGAUCCGGUUCUCGUGUGCACCGGUUCUACUGGUGUGACGGGUGGCCGGAUUGUGCCGAUAACCACGCCGAUGAACUAAACUGUGGGUCGUGUGAGGCUGGCCAAGGGUUCCACAGGUGUCCAAACUCCAGGUGCAUUCUACAGAGCAACGUGUGUGAUGUCUUUUGUGACUGUGUACCCGACUGUUCCGACGAGACCGCCUGCCCAGCCUCGCUCUACACCAGACAGGACGGUGUUGCCAGGUGUGAGGCGGAGGUGACCCUAACCUGCCUCGUGGCCAGCCAGGAAAGAGCGAGGGACAGGUGUAUUGCCAGCCAGUACAUAUGUGACGGUAGCAGCGACUGUCACAAUGGGCAGUAUUACAAUGAUGAAUUUGGCUGCGUUGGGGGCGGGGAGGCGGGAUCACGGUGCCCAGGGGAGGAGGCAGGAGGGGAGGUGAGUGGUCGAUGGUUCCUGUGUGAAGACGGCAGGUGCAUCCCCUCCUCCCUCAGGUGUGACUACAAGAAUGACUGUCUCCACGGCGACGACGAGGACGACUGCGAGACCCCGGUGUGUGGCCCAGGGGAGUGGCGGUGUCAGAGUGGCCAGUGUGUCCCUGCCGUGGCCCGCUGUGACCUCCUCUACUCCUGCCUGGACAAGACCGACGAGAUAGGAUGCGAGGGGGAGCCGUGCGGUGCUGGCUACUGGCGGUGCGGCGGCGGUCAGUGUGUUGAGAGUCGCCUGUGGUGUGACUGGGUGAAGGACUGUCCGGACGGCUCUGAUGAGGUAGACUGCGGGGAUGCUAGGGGGGAGUGCGGCCCAGGGGAGUUCCGGUGCAGCAGUGGGCAGUGCAUCGAGAGGCGGUACAGGUGCGACGCCUCGGUGGGGGAGCGGCAGGGAUGCGCUGACUCUUCUCAUCUGCUUAACUGCUCCAUGUUCGAAUGUGGACCAGGUGUGCUGAAAUGCGCUUCGGGUCCGUGCCUGGGACUGGGGCAGGUGUGUGACGGCUUCGUGGACUGUCCUCUCACCUGGGAUGACGAGGAUAAUUGCCCCUUCGUAUGCUCAGCCAGCGCCCCUUCGUGUGAGUGUAGAGACAUAUCCAUCAACUGUGAGGGACGGGAACUCAAGUCUGUGCCGAAGGAUAUAGAGCUGCAGAUAUCCAGAUUUCACCUGUCUGGAAAUGACCUGGAGGACUCGCUCUCAGCUGAAACAUUUGUCCUCUACUCUCACCUGGCUUACCUUGACAUCAGCAACAAUAGUCUGACGGUACUGCCUGUUGGUUUAUUCCUUGGGCUGAAUCGUCUUCGGAUCCUUGACCUGAGAGACAAUCUCCUCACCUGCUUCCAAAACUCCACCUUCUUGGGCCUCGUUAACCUGAGGACGCUUCACGUCACGGGCAACCGGGUGGCGACGCUUGAGGGGUGGUCACUGUACGGCUUGUCCUCGCUCUCCUCACUGGACCUCAGCGGCCAGAGGGUGUCCAAUGUGUCCACUCACGCCUUCCUUGGCCUGCGAUCGCUGCUGAGUCUAAACCUCUCUCACAAUCAUCUGUCUGGCCUCGAGGACGGCUCUCUUACUGGCCUGGCUAAGCUGCUCUCCCUAGAUUUACGUGGAAACAUGAUCAGCGUUAUGGAUCCCAGGGUGUUCUCCGUACUGCCACGCCUCCUCCACCUGUGGACAGAUGAGUUUCGCUUCUGCUGCCUCGCCCGUCACGUCCCGUCUUGCUACCCGAGGCCAGAUCAGUUCAGCUCCUGCGAAGAUCUGAUGACUAAUGGCGUGCUGCGUGUGUGUGUCUGGGUUCUGGCUUCUCUCGCCCUCUCUGGAAACCUGCUUGUGAUUCUGUGGCGUCUCGUGUACAGCAGUGACAACCAGGUACACUCGUUCCUAAUCACCAACCUGGCGCUGGGUGACCUGUGUAUGGGGCUGUACCUGCUGAUCAUCGCUGCUGUGGAUAUGAGGUACCGCGGGGUGUACUUCAUCUAUGACGCUGUGUGGAGGACCUCGCCCCUCUGUCAGCUGGCGGGCUUCCUCUCCACCUUCUCCAGUGAGCUCUCUGUCUUCACACUGACCGUGAUCACGCUGGAGAGGUUCCUGGUGAUCAUGUUCCCCUUCCGAGUGCCGCGCCUUACCAUGGGGUGGACCCGCGCCAUCAUGGGAGGUGUGUGGGCCUGCGUGGGUCUCCUCUCCGCCCUGCCACUCGCUCCCCUCACCUACUUCAAGAACUUCUACGGGCGGUCUGGCGUGUGUCUGGCGCUGCACAUCACGCACGAGAAGCCAAGCGGGUGGGAAUACUCGGUCUUUGUCUUCCUGGUCGUGAACCUGGUGUCGUUUUCUGUGAUCGCCGGGUCGUACUGCGGGAUGUACCGGGCGGCGCGUACCUCCAGCGCCGCCGUUAGGAGUGACCAACAGGUGCGGGAGUCGUCGAUGGCACGGAAGAUGAUGCUCAUUGUGGUGACGGACGCUGCGUGUUGGCUGCCCAUCAUUCUGCUUGGCCUGCUGUCCCUCGCUGGCGUCAUUAUUCCCCCGCAGGUGUUCGCGUGGGUUGCUGUCUUCAUCCUGCCCCUCAAUGCUGCCGUCAACCCGCUACUCUAUACGCUAUCCACGGCGCCGUUUUUAGGAAAGGCGAGAGAACGUGUCCUUGAUGUACGCCACUCCUUUAAGCGGUCUAUGUUGCGUCACACGGCGUCUCCCUCCACUGCCGAGAUGUCCACGGGCGAGGCAGCUUUGAUGGUUUGCCACAGUGACAUCACCGCGCCCACCAGGCUCCUCUUCCCCGACGCCACCCGCCGCCUGUACCACCACCACCACCACCAUCUGCACUACCACCUCCACCACCACCACCUGCAUAGGAGCCGCAGCCGCCGCUGCCCUCCGACACAAGCCUUUGUCAGGAGUUGUGAGGACCUACGUAGCCACACCAGCAAGAAGUGUGCACGAGGCAGUGGCGACACCUGUGCUUGCAGCGGGAAGGAGAGCAGCUGCAUUGAUGAAGAGGCGUGCAACGGGGGCGAACACAGGUGUGGGCAGAGGUGCAGCGGGGGAAGAGGCUACAGUAGCGGGUACAGUGGCGUCCAGGGCCAGAGUGCCUUAUUAGUGCAGAGGGAGUUGAUUCCUCUUAAUGUCCUGAGCCCACCACGCCAGCCCGCCCCUCGCCGCUUGUCACGGAAAUCGUCGUCCUCCUUCACCGCCUCCGCCAGGCGACGCCAGGAUCUGUACGACUGA